AUGGAAUACACCCCAGUGCCAACAGUUAUCAUCGACAAGAACUACACCGUAAUCACAAUCAAUAAAAACAAAAUGACUAUUAAAUCCCCAAUUGUGUUUGUGUCAGAAAACAAUUCGUUCGAACCAAAAAUCGUCAUAUGGAUCAAGGAAAGCAUAAACAAAAUCUUUCUGAAAGCGAGACAUGAAACGAAGGAAAUAUAUUUAAAAUUUGUCUGUAUUUGCGAGGAACGAAAGGCAUUUCUGAAUCGCAUUUGGAAAUAUAAGCACGGGAAUAUCAUUGAUAUCCUUGGUGUGUAUGAUACAAACCACUACUCUAGUAACAAUCUUGUUGCAGAAGCAAACUAUGGGAUAGCAAUGGAAUGUGGCACACCACUCCGUUGUAUUUUAGAAGGGAAGAAAUACAUCAGAGAUAUAAUCUGUGGAAUCAUGUUUCUUCAUGAGCAAGGAAUUGUUCACAUGGACAUCAAGCCCGACAAUGUUGUUGUUGUGAAUGGGAUUGCUAAGAUCAUAGACUUUGAGCUUGCACGCGCACUUGGGAAGAAUGAACACUUCAAUAGCAUUAGCUGCACAAGAAUAUACCUUCCCGAAUCAAAAACACAGCGAGGAAUGUGUUAUGGGUCUGA